UCUACCGCACCAGGCCCAAAGGCUUCUGUCUUAAAUAUUAUGAAAGCUUCUGCUAACAUCAUCUUGAGUGCCAUAUUUUGCACUCAGGACACCAAUACAGAGAGGCUCACUUACCUCUUAUUCUGAAAGGUUGACGACAGGGGUCGCUGCUGAGUGAACCGAGUCCCUUCAGGGUGAGACCCUGAGGAUGGUGGGACUUGUAGUUUUCUUUGCAUCACCCCAGCGGCGCGGACUACACUUCCCAGAAUGCCAGUACAGGAGGCGGUCUUGCAGUUCGGCGUCAAGUGUCCCCUUUGAGCUGCGAAAGAAUGUGGGUGAGCUGUGGGUUGACCAUCCGCUCAGGCAAAGGCCUUUGGGUCACCAAUGUCAGCCGGCCAUGUUCGCAUGUAUCUGCCGAGUUAUUUGUGCCUCCAAGUCCUCCUGUGGAUCCUGAGCAGGUCAGAGAGUUACAGCGCUUCGUCAGCCUUUCCAAGAAAGUCCUUGUAAUGACCGGGGCAGGGAUCUCCACGGAGUCGGGGAUUCCAGACUAUCGGUCCGACAAGGUGGGACUCUACGCACGCACCAACCGGAGGCCUAUCCAGCACAUCGACUUUGUACGCAGUGCUCCGGUCCGCCAGCGGUACUGGGCCAGAAACUUCGUGGGCUGGCCUCAGUUUUCUUCCCACCAGCCAAACCCUGCUCACUGGGCUUUGAGCAACUGGGAGAAGCUCGGCAAGCUGCACUGGUUGGUGACUCAGAAUGUGGAUGCCUUGCACACCAAGGCAGGGAGUCAGCGGCUGACAGAGCUCCAUGGAUGCAUGCACAGGGUCCUGUGCUUGGAGUGUGGUGAGCAGACUCCCCGGGGGCUGCUGCAGGAGCGCUUCCAAGCCCUGAACCCCCAAUGGAGUGCUGAGGCCCACGGCCUGGCUCCUGAUGGUGACGUCUUUCUCUCCGAGGAGCAGGUGCAGAGCUUCCACGUGCCGACCUGCAUCCGAUGUGGAGGUCCUCUGAAACCAGAUGUUGUUUUCUUUGGGGACACUGUAAACCCUGACAAAGUUGAUUUUGUGCACAGGCGUGUAAAAGAAGCUGAUGCCCUCUUGGUGGUGGGCUCAUCCUUGCAGGUGUACUCUGGUUAUAGGUUUAUCCUCACGGCUCAGGACAAGAAGCUACCAAUCGCAAUACUGAACAUUGGGCCUACACGGUCAGAUGACCUGGCAUGUCUAAAGCUGAAUGCUCGCUGUGGACAACUGCUGCCUUUAAUAGACCCGCACUGAGCGCAGCCCGAUGUUCCUGAUCCACAACAAGACCUUUCAAUGCAAAUCUGCUGCUAAAGGUAAAUGCCUUCCCAGGUUCCAGUUCCAUGUGACAGAGUAGUGGGGUGUUCUAACAAAACAGAGAGGGCCCUAGGCUUCUUAAUGGGUAGCCACUCUGAAUUCAAACUGAUUUCCUAAUGUACAUCAAGCUGUAGUGUGUGAAGGACUAAUGUUUUCAAAUUCUAGACACGGCACAUAUAUAUUUAAAAUAUUAAGUGUUCUAGGAUCUGCCCUUUUUUUCUGUUUUUAAAAAAGUAACAGCUUCAUAAGAGGUGUUAUUCAUAUAUCGUAAGGCUUACUCUUGAAAUAGGUACAACUGACUGGUUUUAUUACACUCACAAAGUCAUACGGUGAUCAGCACUAACUCACGAACACGUUCGCCAGCCCAGGGAGAGAGCCCGUGCCCAGCGGCAGGCAUUCCGCACCCCCAGCCCUGCAACAGCUCAUCUUAUGGACUCAUAAAGCACGCGAGCCCUGUGUCUGGUGUCUGCACUUCGCACAGUAUAUUCCAGGUUCAUCCAGACUCUAAAA